CGGAGUGUGAGAGGCCCAGAGAGCCAGCAAGAGGGGAACUGAGAUCAGUUACAGCAGGGGAGGCGAGCAAGUGAUCUGGGAGCAGAGGGGGUAGAAGCAGCUCGACUUGUAGAACGGUGAUAAGGUGAAGAGGGGGAAAAAACUAAAACAGAAAGAGGGGAGUUUGUCCAUGUAGAGGACUUUGGAAAGACAGGACAGCCAGGCAGAGGAGGGGGGGGCAGUGGCAGGGUCAAAGACAGGCAGAUAGACAGAUAGACAGACAGACAGGGAACACCUGGACCACUCAGGGCAUUAAGUUACUUUGAGAUUUCCUCAAUAGCAAAGAAACAUGUUCGACUGCAUGGAGGCUCUGGGGCUGGCCCCUCGGCCCCUCUUCGAUGUGUCCAGGCAAGGCUCCUGCAUGCUCAGCAAGGCCACCCCUUACUUCUCCGGGCUGGACCCUUUUGCCUGGGCUGGGACAAGCAGUGUUCAGUCCGUGGAGACCCAGAGCACCAGUUCGGAGGAGAUGGUGCCAAGCUCUCCUUCGCCGCCUCCUCCUCCUCGCGUUUAUAAGCCGUGCUUUGUGUGCCAGGACAAGUCAUCUGGUUAUCACUAUGGAGUGAGCUCCUGUGAGGGCUGCAAGGGUUUUUUCAGGCGCAGCAUUCAAAAGAACAUGGUGUAUACGUGCCACAGAGACAAGAACUGUCAGAUCAACAAAGUUACCCGCAACCGCUGCCAGUACUGUCGGCUGCAGAAGUGCUUUGAGGUCGGCAUGUCCAAAGAAGCGGUGCGUAACGACAGGAACAAAAAGAAGAAGGACGUGAAGGAGGAAGUGGUGCUGCCCGAGAACUACGAGCUAAGUGGAGAACUGGAGGAGCUGGUCAACAAAGUCAGCAAAGCUCACCAAGAGACCUUCCCGUCUCUGUGCCAACUAGGAAAAUACACCACAAAUUCAAGUGCUGACCACAGAGUGCAGCUGGACUUGGGCCUAUGGGAUAAGUUCAGUGAGCUCUCCACUAAGUGCAUUAUAAAGAUUGUGGAGUUUGCCAAGCGGCUACCAGGCUUCACUACGCUCACCAUCGCUGACCAGAUCACCCUCCUCAAAUCUGCAUGUCUGGACAUCCUGAUGCUGAGGAUAUGCACUCGCUACACACCAGAGCAGGACACGAUGACCUUCUCAGAUGGCCUGACUCUAAACAGGACCCAGAUGCAUAAUGCCGGCUUUGGCCCGCUCACAGACCUGGUGUUUGCCUUCGCCGGUCAGCUGCUGCCUUUGGAGAUGGACGACACCGAGACAGGGCUGCUCAGCGCAAUCUGUCUCAUCUGCGGAGACCGUAUGGACUUGGAAGAGCCGGAGAAGGUGGACAAGCUGCAGGAACCGCUGCUAGAGGCCCUGAAGAUCUACACCCGACGCAGACGCCCGAACAAGCCCCACAUGUUUCCCCGAAUGCUGAUGAAAGUCACAGACCUCAGGGGAAUCAGCACCAAGGGUGCAGAAAGAGCCAUCACACUAAAGACAGAGAUCCCCGGCCCCAUGCCUCCCCUGAUCAGGGAGAUGCUGGAGAACCCGGACUCCUUCGAGGACAGCAGCGACUCGGGCGACAGCGGCGCAGCUGCUCCCCCUGCCAUUCAAGCCAUCAAGCAAGAGGACAAGGCCACGUACGAGUCAGCCUUCGAGGAAGAAGAGGAGGAGGAAGAGGACGACUAUUGGGACGAGGAGAAAGAGCGAGGGGCAGAAAGCGACGGAGAGGCGUGGGGGGAGGCGGCAGCGGGCGCGCAAAAGAAAGGCGUGACAGGGAAGACGCAGUGAGACAGAGAAAGAGAGACACAAGACGACACCGCUGCCUCGCACGGAUUCGCCGAGCGCCACUGCCGAGCAACGUCAGCUCGUAGAAACCUCACAGAUUAAAGCUCUUAAAACGGCGUUUCGCACAGCACAUAUCCGCGUAUACUGUACAUACUGACUGAAAGGAAAAUGUGUUCAAUUCAGUGUAGCAAGUGAGGAAUUUGGAGACGCAAAAGCACUACAUUUCAGUGGAUUGAUGAGGGCACAGUUAAAAAAGAAAAUCACAGUGCCAGAAUGUUUAAAAGAUAUAUAUAUAUUAAAAAAAAAGCGUUUUGUCCGCACAAAGACAGGAAAAACAGUUGUUGAGAGACAAAAAAUGCACUCCUCCGCUAUCUAUUAAGGGCUAUGCUUUGUAUAAAAUUGAUGGUAAGAGUACAUUGCAGCAACAGAACUCUUAUGUGGCGUCCAGAUGCCACAGAUGUCUUCUCAGAAUUACUUUUAUUACUAUUCAGAGAUAUGCUACUUAUUUUUUCAUUGUAUGGUUUUUAUAAGCAUGUACACAUUACUGUUUUGUCUUUUGUUUGUUUGUGGGACCUCGUGUUGCUUUUUUUUGUGUAUAUUUUCACACUCAGUGCUCGCAUCUGAUUGGACAUUUGUGCUUUUUAUCGUAUGCGUUAGUUUUAUCGGACACAGUGAAGCAAUAGCAGAAGAAAAGAGGAAAACAAAAAGGAAAAAGAGCAAUAGCUAAAGAGUCAUGAGCAGGACUCAAACUCAAAGUGUGAUCAUUCAGGAUUGUUGAUUGGCUAAUCUGAAAGAAAUGCAAGAGGACUUCAGCUUUAAUUCAAACCCUGGUGCUUGUGGGCCAAAUAAUAAAAAUGUCAGAGAAAUGCGGGAAAACAUAUCUCCAGUUGAUCAGGGCCACGCUUCACCUGUUUUUACAGCAUUUCUUUUCUUUUCCAUCAGACGUUCUUCUUUCACACAGGUUAGGAAUCAUUCAAACUUUCAGUACAUGCACUCGUUCAAACAACCAGGUACAGUUAAGCCAUAAGAUUUUCUUCCUGUUUUUUUAAGGCAAGCAAAGACUCAUCCAAGCAAACACAACCAUUAAAAGCCGUUUACAUCACAGAAACCUCAGAUGUGUGUGCGUGUGUGUGUGAGUGUGUCCCAGUAAACAGGUUGGUGUAAUAGACAUGUUACAUCACUGCUAUCAUCCACAUGAGUGAGUGUCCAAUUAUCAGCAUCUGUAAAUGUGUAUAAAAUGGAUUUUGCAACAAAAAAUUUUAAAAAAUGUACAAAUAUUAGAUAUUUUUUUCUUUAGGUUGGAGAAAUCCCUCGCACGUACACUUGUUUUGGGACUGCUCGAGUUCUGGCCAACAACCGUCCAACACAAACAGGCACUGAGUGACUGAGUGGGGUUCUCAUGUGUGCUAUGUUGAUAAAGACAGAAGGCGCGUUAAAUAAGAAAGGCCCACCAAGUUUGCUCCUAAAUUUGGUAAUUUUGCUGUUUUAUUGUGAAAACUUUAGAACCAAACAACUGUGGGAAAGGACAGAACACACCUUGCACACGAUCAGCCCGACUCAAACUGUUCAGUAUUUAAAAGUAUUUCUGUUUCAUAUAACCAUGAUAGUUUGGAAUAGGUUUUUUCCUUCUUUUAUUUGUUUUAAAACCUUUUUAUUUUUUUCUGGAUUUGAGCUGGUGCAGUUUAAAAAGAGCUCUACACACAAGUGUGGCAUUUAAAAAAGAUCAAAUAUGGAUUUUACGUUACAUUUGGACGAAAACAAAACAUUUACAAUGCUUACUGCUUUUUAUUAAGGUCGUUGUCUCUGUCAUGUUCAGGGAUUCAGGUUCCUCAUGAGUUUUAAUUCAACUUGACUUGUAUCAAAAUAGCUUUGAUGGCUCUGACAUCCAUGCACUCACACACACACACACACACAAACACACACACACACAUGGAAAUCCAAAAACUGGGUUGAUAUGUUCUUGUUUUUACAUUUUUAUGAGAAGUCAAUACUAUAUUUUGCUGUUUGGGGGCUCGUGAUUUGUUAUUUGUUGUUUCUUGUAUUUUGAUAAAUGCUCUUUUUGUUCUCAGACCUUA